AUGCCACAAGGUUCUGAGGUCGAUAGAGUAUCAACGCCAGAGGCAGGACACGAUUUACAGUCAUCUGCAUCGAAUUCAUCCCUUUUCGCCCGUAGGAAAUUGGGUAAAGGGUUCUAUAAGCUGUUUGGUAAUUCUAGCAGAGGUGCCGAUGACUCUAGUAUAUCACCUCAUAGGUCUGGUUCACCAGCUUCACCUUCGAGCAAUCCGGCAACUCCCAGGAGUCCACUAGCAAAUUCGAGCAGCGGUUAUUUUGCACCUACACCACGGAAAACUACGAGUCUUUCUUCUACAACUCGUGGCGGUGGUUGUAGUAGUACUGAAAAUAAUGAAAAUAGUACUCCUAGAAGCAGUUCUCCACCAGUACAAGUGAGAAAUGAUGGUACUAUAGCUACUACAUCGAAUCCAUUUAGUCGUCAUUUACACAAUCCUCGAAAUUACACCGAUCAGCUCUCCCCUUCGUCAGACGAAUUUUCUCACAUGCAUCCAGUGGAGAUUUUACAGAAGCAGAUCGAGGAUCACCAAGAACUUAGCCGAAGCAGAAAUAAUAGUUCGACUAGCAUUGACAGGUUGGCUACAGCAAAAAGUUCAAAUUCUACUCAUGAUUUACAUCCGAAGAAGUCUUUAAAAUUAAAGAGAUUUUUCAAGAAGAUUCAAGGUGAACCAGCUCAUCGAAAACCACUUCAAGUUACUCAGCAACAACAACAGCAGCAGGCUGUUGCUAGGGAAAUCCACGGGAUUUACGUUAGGACAGAUCAAAGUGAUUCUCGUAAUAAAGCUAUAUUCCAGACAGAAAAUGCGCAUGAACUUAUUGAUAAAUACGGUAUGCCUGGCAAACAAUUAGGUGAAGGUGCGUCAGGUUCAGUUUCAGUAGUGGAAAGGACAGAUGGUAAAAAAUUUGCUGUUAAAAUGUUUAGAGUACGUGAAAGUGCAUCUCAGCAUUCACAGGCAUCAUACUCUAAAAAGGUUACCGCUGAAUUUUGUGUCGGAUCUACUUUACAUCAACAGAAUAUCAUUGAAACUUUAGAUAUGUUGCAAGAGGGGAAAACCUUCCUUGUGGUAAUGGAAUUUGCGCCAUUCGAUUUCUUCACUUUGGUUAUGAGCGAUUUAAUGAGUCGACAUGAAGUAGAAUGUUAUUUCAGACAAAUCUGUAAUGGUGUGGCCUAUUUACAUACAAUGGGGUUGGCACAUCGCGAUUUGAAAUUGGAUAACUGUGUGGUGAAUGAUAAAGGUAUUUUGAAAUUAAUCGAUUUCGGUAGUGCGGUUGUGUUUAAAUAUCCAUUCGAACAUGAUGUAGUACCCGCUCGUGGGAUCGUGGGUUCAGAUCCAUACUUAGCACCUGAAUUACUGCAAGAAUCUACUUAUGAUCCAAGACCUGCAGAUAUAUGGUCCAUCGCAAUCAUGUAUUACUGCAUGGUUUUAAGAAGAUUCCCCUGGAAGGCUCCCCGUCAAAAUUACAAUUCGUUUAAGAUGUUCUGUGAGCAACCUGAACAUGAAAAGGAUCCAGCAAGGGGUCCAUAUAAAAUAUUAAAACUUCUACCACAUGCAUCUCGUAAUUUAAUUGGUUCAAUGUUAGUAUUGGAUCCGAAGAAACGUAUUCUCAUGGAUGCCGUGUUGCAGGACAAGUGGCUACAAGAUAUCGAAGUAUGUGAAGUAGAUCCUCGUGGUACUUUAAUUAAAUCACCAGAAACUCAUGAACAUCAUUUGAUCACGGAAGAUGAAUUGAAUGAUCUCAACAAAAUAAGGGAAAUGAAAGCUAGGGCUAAGAAAGAGGAGCAAGUGCGUCAAGGAGGUGGGGAGGUACAUCAUCACCACCACCACCAUCAUCACCACCAUCAUCAAGAUCAAGACAAGAAAGGACAUGAUAAUCACCAUCAUCACCAUCACCAUGAAAAUGCUGAAGAUCGUACAUUGGGUAAUUCCCAACCAAAGGACGACCUUACCACUCAAGAGCAACCCGAAAACCGUGCUGAACAGGGGACAAAGAAGGUAUUAGAUGAAAAGCAGCCAGAGCUUACAGCGGGCCCGGGACAAGUGCCGCAGGUCGUCAAGACGUCAGCAGGGACUGUCGAAUAA